ACAUCUUCCGAGCAGCCUGCGUUACCGUGGUCGGUGAGGGCUCCCUGCUGAACAUGUCGUCGGCGGCAUCCGACAACCAUGAGACGCAAGCUGGCAUCGCGUCUAGUCUCCUGGGUGGCACCGUGCUGGCCAUGAGUUUGGCCAAAGUCGAGGAGAUUGAACGCCUUACCGGAGGCAAGGAACGAUUGGCUGGCAGUCCGGCACUUGGCAACUUCGUGAUGGGUAUGUGUGUGUGUGCGUGUGUGUGUUCUCGACGUUGA